UCGGCAGCACCUGUACCUGCAGCCAAUCAGCGCCAGCGCUGCCGGGAACCUACCUGUCAGCAGAAUCCCGACACUGAAACCUCAACAUAAAUCAAACACUUCCCUGGGCAGGGAAUGUCUGUGUCAGGCAAGAAUUAGAGACGAGCGGUCAGCAGAGCUUCGGUGCCCAGUGCCCAUCGACCGUUUGAGCCUGGGAGCCUGGGAGCAGGAAGAUGUCGAAUGAACUUGAGCCCUCCAGGUGAUUCUGAUACAUGUUCGAGGUGAAGAACCAUUGGCCUAGAAGACCUGGCAGAGGAUUGGCAGGCAGAAGGCUCCCAGAUCCCCUCUGAUCUCCACUGUAGUUGCUGAGUCAGCAGGUUUCAGAUCCGUGCGGCUGCUAAAGAAUGACCCGGUUAACUUCCAGAAGUUCCCCUACACUACCGAGGAUGAGGCCUGGAAGACCUACCUGGAGAACCCCUUGACAGCUGCCACGAAGGCCAUGAUGAGGGUCAAUGGAGACGAUGACAGCGUUGCAGCCCUGAGCUUCCUCUACGAUUACUACAUGGGCCCCAAGGAGAAGCGGAUCCUAUCCUCCAGCACUGGGGGCCGGAAUGACCAAGGAAAGAGGUACUACCAUGGCAUGGAAUGUGAGAUGGACCUCACCCCCCUUGAAAGUCCCACACACCUCAUGAAAUUCCUGACAGAGAAUGUGUCUGGAACCCCAGAGUACCCAGAUGUGCUCAAGAAGAGUAGCCUAAUGAGCUUGGAGGGGGCUGCGCCUGCUGCAAGCAAGGCAGCUCUCCUCCCCCCAGGCCCCAGCAAGCUGGAAGCCGGUUCUGUGGACAGCUACCUGCUGCCCACCAGUGAUGUGUAUGAUAAUGGCUCCCUCAGCUCCUUGUUUGAGAGCAUUCACGGGGUGCCUCCCACACAGCGUUGGCAGCCUGACAGCACCUUCAAAGAUGACCCACAGGAGUCGCUGCUCUUCCCAGAUAUCCUGAAAACGUCCCAGGAACCCCCGUGUCCAGAGGACUAUCCCAGCCCCAAGAGUGACUUUGAGUACACUCUGGGCUCCCCCAAAGCCAUCCACAUCAAAUCAGGCGAGUCGCCCAUGGCCUACCUCAACAAGGGCCAGUUCUACCCUGUCACCCUGCGGACCCCAGCAGGCGGCAAAGGCCUUGGCCUGUCCUCCAACAAAGUCAAGAGUGUGGUCAUGGUGGUCUUUGACAACGAGAAGGUCCCGCUAGAGCAGCUGCGCUUCUGGAAGCACUGGCAUUCCCGGCAGCCCACAGCCAAGCAGCGGGUCAUCGAUGUGGCGGACUGCAAAGAAAACUUCAACACUGUGCAGCACAUUGAAGAGGUGGCCUAUAAUGCACUGUCCUUUGUGUGGAAUGUCAACGAGGAGGCCAAGGUGUUCAUUGGCGUCAACUGCCUCAGCACAGACUUCUCCUCGCAGAAGGGGGUGAAGGGUGUCCCCCUGAACCUGCAGAUCGAUACCUAUGACUGUGGCUCAGGCAUCGAGCGCCUGGUUCACCGUGCUGUCUGCCAGAUCAAGAUCUUUUGUGACAAGGGAGCAGAAAGGAAGAUGCGGGAUGACGAGCGGAAGCAGUUCCGGAGGAAGAUCAAAUGCCCGGACUCCAGCAACAGUGGCAUCAAGGGCUCCCUGCUGUCGGGCUUUAGGGGCAAUGAGACCACCUACUUGCGGCCUGAGGCAGACCUGGAAACUCCGCCGGUGCUCUUCAUCCCCAACGUGCACUUCUCCGGCCUGCAGCGCUCUGGCGGGGCGGUGCUCUCUGCAGGACACAGCAGCUCCAACAGGCUGCCUCUGAAGCGCACCUGCUCGCCCUUCACCGAGGAGUUCGAGCCUCUGCCCUCCAAACAGGCCAAGGAAGAUGAUCUGCAGAGAGUUCUGCUGUACGUGCGGAGGGAGACGGAGGAGGUGUUUGACGCCCUGAUGUUGAAGACCCCGGACCUGAAGGGGUUGAGGAACGCGAUCUCUGAGAAGUACGGCUUCCCGGAGGAGAACAUUCACAAGGUCUACAAGAAAUGCAAGCGAGGAAUCCUGGUCAACAUGGACAACAACAUCAUUCAGCACUACAGCAACCACGUCGCCUUCCUGCUGGACAUGGGGGAGCUGGACGGCAAGAUCCAGAUCAUCCUUAAGGAGCUGUGAGGCCUGCGCGCGCCCCCCCCUCGGACCUCUGGGAACGGGCUCCAGGCCGGGAGCCAGCUGGGACGCAGCCCCGCGCCGCACGCACCCUCUCCUCCCGCCGAGGGAAGAGGCCCGGGAGUCCCUCCCCCGUGUGUCCAGGCCAGGAAGGGACCUGGGAGGUGUUCUGAUCGGAACCCCCUUGUCGUGCUUGGAUCUGCUCUCUGAACCUCCUGCCACACCUGCCCAGCAGUCAGGCCGUCUUGGUGACGUGCCCAGCGGACUCGUGCCUCCCAAAGACUCUUCAUUGCCGCCCAUCUCCGGCAGGCUGCGUUCCCGGGGGGACGUGGACCCUGUGUCCCCAAGCUCACCCGACGCUUCGCUCCAUUCUUGAUUCUUCCACCAUCUUCAGACCAGUGAUUUCUCUUCCUCUGGUCAGUUAGUUACCCUGAAAACACUGGAUUUGCCGUGCAAAUGCCUUUUAAAAGACACUGUAGUGGAAGCACUCCUCAGAGACUCCCUCAACCCAAGAGGGAGAGGAGUCGACCGACUGGAACAAAGGGGCCGCUCGCUGUUGUACACAUUUCUUAUUUACAAUUGUCAUUUAUGUGAUAUAUAUAUAUAUAAAUAUAUAUAUAAGUAUAUAUUGUGUAUAUAUAUGCAACAUUUUAUAUUUUUCAUGGAUACAUUUUUAUCAUUUCAAAAAAUGUGUAUUUCACAUUUCUUGGACUAUUUUUUUAGCUGUUAUUCAGUUAUGCAUUUUGUAUACUCAUAUGGUAUUUAGUAAUAAA